CUCCCUUGUAAACUCCCAUCUCUCGCCUCCCCAGAACACUUGCUCUAUUCCUCGCCCCCCGCCGCCGCCACAAACCAGCGCAUAGCCGUCGCCGGAGGAGGAAGGAGCCACAGCCAGCAGCCAUGGGUCGCGUCCGUACCAAGACCGUGAAGAAGACCUCCAGGCAGGUGAUCGAGAAGUACUACUCCCGCAUGACCCUCGACUUCCACACCAACAAGAAGGUGCUGGAGGAGGUCUCGAUCCUGCCCUCGAAGCGCCUCCGCAACAAGGUGGCCGGCUUCACCACCCACCUGAUGCGCCGCAUCCAGCGCGGCCCGGUCCGCGGCAUCUCGCUCAAGCUGCAGGAGGAGGAGCGCGAGCGCCGCAUGGACUUCGUCCCGGAGAAGUCGGCGCUCGAGGUCGACCAGAUCCGCGUCGACAAGGAGACCAUGGAGAUGCUCGCGGCCCUCGGCAUGGCCGACCUCCCCGGCGUUGAGCUCCAGCCUGAGAACUCCAACGCCCCCGCCUUCGGCCGUCCGCAGUACGGUGGUCCCCGUCGUGACCGCGUCUAGGCUUCCGCGGGUCGCACUGGUUGCCUACAUCUAUGGUGAUCUAUGGUUUACUUCUGUGGCGAUUAAGCUUUGGACCUAUCUUUUAUGUAAAUCGGUCUGGUUGCGUGUGAUGGACAUCAGAUUUAUAUUCUCGCGCUUUUGAAAUCUUAAGCUAUUUUAUAAAGUACAAUGAGACUUGCUACAUUUUAUGCUC